GUUAGUUUCUUCACACUUGACCAUAAAAAUCAAAAAAUUUGAUUUUGUGAUUCUAAGCUUCGAUAUUCUUCUUUUUAUUUCAUUCAGAUCCCAAAUUCUAGGGCUCCAAAAGUCCUUCAAUUGAUUCGCCUGGAUUUGCCAUUUUUUCCUGAAUUCCCCUAAAUUCUUCAAGCUGGAUAGGCACCGAAGGGAUCGCCACGAGGGUGGCGGCUACGAUGAUUCCUACCAUAACCACCGAUCUCAUCCCAGAGGUCCGCCUCGUCCACCAGAUUCACGCUUCGAAGAGGAUGAUGAUGACUUUAGUCGACGUCGUCGUCGUCGUGGAAGCAGCCCUAGCAAUUAUCGAAUUGGAACCGUGGGUAGAGGUGGAGGUCGACGCUGGGAAGGUGACAGCCCUACGGAUUUUGAUGACCCCGGAGAUGGAGGUUUCCGUCAGAUGAAUGGUCCUUCUGAUAGAGUAGAUUUUAAGCAGCCCAUGGGUCCUCCUCCUCGCCAUGGUGGUGGUAGUUUCCGGCCUAUGGGUUUUGGUGGUUUUCGUCCCAUGGGUCCUAACGGUCGCGUAGAAGGAGAGGGGACGCGGUCAGUUGUUGGAGCUGGUGUUGGCAGAGGUGGAUUUCGGUCUAGUGGGCCUGUGAAGUUUCCGCCUUCAAAGAGUCCUGACGGAAGGAGAUUUAUAGGUAAAGCAAUGGAUUCUGAUUAUUCUGUUAGACCGACUACACCGCCGGUUCAACAACCUCUUUCGGGUCAGAAAAGAGGGUAUCCUAACUCAGAGCAUGGCAGCUUUACUGGAACUGACGUUUCUGAUCGUAGCAGUGUAGUCAAGCUUUUUGUUGGCUCCGUACCAAGGACAGCUAUAGAAGAAGAAGUCCGUCCCUAUUUCGAAGAACAUGGAGAUGUUCUGGAGGUUGCUCUGAUCAGGGACAAGAAAACAGGACAGCAGCAAGGCUGUUGUUUUGUAAAAUAUGCAACGUCUAAAGAUGCGGAUAGAGCCAUUAGAGCACUGCACAAUCAGAUCACUCUUCCGGGGGGAACUGGUCCUGUUCAAGUUCGAUAUGCUGAUGGGGAGAAAGAACGCGUUGGUGCGCUAGAGUUUAAGCUUUUCGUUGGUUCACUAAACAAGCAAGCUACUGAAAAAGAAGUUGAGGAGAUCUUCUUACAAUUUGGUCGCGUUGAAGAUGUCUAUCUCAUGCGUGAUGAAUAUAGACAGAGUCGUGGUUGUGGGUUUGUUAAAUAUUUAAGCAAAGAGACGGCGAUGGCAGCUAUUGAUGGUCUCAAUGGAAUUUACACCAUGAGAGGUUGCAAUCAGCCACUAAUUGUUCGGUUUGCUGAUCCAAAGAGGCCUAAACCUGGCGAGUCAAGGGACAUGGCACCUCCUGUUGGACUUAGUUCAGGGCCUCGAUUUCAAGCUUCAGGACCAAGGCCUACCUCUAACCUUGGUGACCUUAGUGGGGACGUAAGCCACACAAAUCCUUGGCAUCCGCCGAAUUCACCAAAGAUAGUCCCUCGUAGUAACACUGGGAUCCGUGGUAUCGGAAGUGACUUUUCCCCUAGACCAUGUCAAGCAUCGUUGCCUUCAAAUCAGGGUGGUCCAUUGGGUGGUUACGGUGUUCCUCCCCUUAAUCCUCUUCCAGUCUCUGGAGUUUCAUCUUCUGCCACAUUGCAACAGCAAAAACGGGCAGCUGGCCAGCAAAUAUCAACAUUACAAAAACCUCUUCACGCUCCACAGGAUCUCCCCCUCCGUCCACAAACGAAUUUCCGUGGGGGCCAGGCACCCUUGCAGAAUCCUUAUGGUUUUAGCAACCAGUUGCCUACAUCUCAGCUGCCGCCACAGCAAAAUGUCACUCGUGCAACUGGUCCUCAAACUCCAUUGAACAUUAAUCUACGACCAACAGCUUUGUCUUCUGCAACUGCUCAAUUUCCCCCUCGUUCCCAGCAGCAACCGCUACAAAAGAUGCAAAAUUCUCCUUCUGAGCUAGCUCAGCUCUUGUCACAGCAAACUCAGAGCCUACAAGCAACAUUCCAAUCAUCUCAGCAAGCAAUUUCUCAGCUGCAGCAGCAGGUGCAGUCCAUGCAGCAACCAAACCAAAAUUUACCACUCUCACAGAAUGGCCAAGCUGGUAAACAGGAGUGGGCUGGAUCUGCAAUUCCAACAGUUGUUAGUACCACUGCUUCGACACCAGUUAGCUAUGUGCAAACAGCUGCACCUGCAGCAAGUCAGAGCGUGGUUUCUGUCAAAUGUAACUGGACCGAGCAUACCUCGCCUGAUGGAUUUAAAUAUUAUUACAACGGUGUAACGGGUGAAAGCAAGUGGGAAAAACCUGAGGAAAUGGUAGUGUUCGAACGAGAGCAACAAGAACAGCAACAGCAUCAACCGAAGCCAACUAUACAGCAGCCCCAGACCCAACUACAGCCGAUGCAGCAACAACCACAACAAGUUCACCAACAUUACCAGGGUCAGCAGCAAGAACAGCGACAGCAUCAACAGAAGCCACCUAUACAGCAGCCCCAGACCCAAUUACAGCCGAUGCAGCAACAACCACAACAAGUUCACCAACAGUAUGAGGGCCAGCAACAACAACAGCAACAGCAUCAACAGAAGCCAACUAUACAGCAGGCCCAGACCCAAUUACAGCCGAUGCAGCAACAACCACAACAAGUUCACCAACAAUAUCAAGGCCAGCAAUUACAGCAGCCGUUUUAUUCUUCACUGUAUCCAACUCCAGGGGCCAACCAUACUGCUCAGUAUCCAUCAUUGCCAGUUGGUCAAAAUAGCCAGUUUCCUAUGUCAGCAAUUGGUAAAAAUACUCAGGAAUAUGGUCGGACACAUAUACCCAUGGGAGCUGCUUCAGUGAAUGAUCUGUCAAGAACUCAACAGAACCGUCAAUCUCCCCAAGAAAUCAUGUGGAAAAAUAAAGCUUGAGGUACAUGAAACGAGGAGCUAAAAUAUCUCAGUAACUAGAUAGAAGAACUUCUGGAACUAAUUAGUCAAGCAGAGGAAAACAGCAAUGACAGUGGUCUUAGUAUAUGUAUUUCUAAGUUAACCCCUUCAGGUAUUAUAGAUAGGUGAUUCGACGACCAUCUGCAUUCUAUCUUUUCUCUAAUCAGAAAUUUUCUUCUUUUUCAUUUCAAGAGUUGCCAAACAAUGGCUGUUGUAACAUAGCUAUCGCAAGUCAAGUCUCAUGUUGUGGUAGUAUUAGUAACUUAGCUGGGUAUACCAAACUUUGAUCCAGUUAGGAGUCAUAUAUAAUUAUAUAAUUAUAAAUACGUACAUUCAUUAACUGAUAA